AUGGGUGACACAAGCAAAUCUGCAGAUAGCACUGGUACUGCAAAAGCUGUAACCUAUGACAUCAAUCACCCAUAUUUUCUCAACAACUCUGAUUCUCCUGGGAUGACUCUAGUCAAUACCUUGUUUGAUGGAAGAGGAUAUCCAGGGUGGAGGAGAUCUAUUUUGUUGUCUUUGUCAGCUAAGAAAAAACUUGGGUUUAUCAAUGGAGUUUGCAAAUCUCCAGAUGUGGGUUCCCCAGAUCUUGAACAAUGGAGCUGUGUCAAUGACAUGGUGAUUUCCUGGAUUUUGAAUGCUCUUUCUAAGGAUAUCGCAGACAGUGUGAUAUAUUCCAAAACUGCAAAGGAGCUUUGGGAUAGCCUGGAGCAGAGGUUUGGAAAAUCAAACGGAGCCAAGCUAUAUCAUCUGCAAAAGGAGUUGUCAGGAUUAGUGCAAGGAAAUAGUGACAUUGCAGGAUACGUCACCAAACUCAAACGAUUAUGGGAUGAAUUGGAUGUUUUAAAUGUGGUCACUUGUUGUUCCUGUGUGUGUACUUGUGAAGGAAAAUCAAAAUUGACAAAAUCACUUGAAGAUCAGAGGCUAAUUCAGUUCCUAAUGGGAUUGAAUGACAUCUAUGCACAAGCUAGAGGAAACAUACUCAUGAUGAAUCCCUUGCCUAGCAUGGAUGUAGUAUAUUCUCUUCUUUUACAAGAUGAAAAUCAGAGAGAAGUUUAUGCAAAUGCACAUUUUAACUCAGAUUCAUUGUCAUUCAUGGCAACAGGAGAAGUGAAACAACCUAAUGCUCAGCUUCUAGCUGAUUUUGCAGCUUUUAUAGUCACAGGGCAGGGGAGAAAUUUUCAGAAGAACAGGAAUCAAGCACAAAGAGCAACAGCAAUGGGAACAAAGUAUAAUAAUUCAGGACAGAAGUUCAACAAAUCACAGCAGAAGUUUAAGGCAAAGAAGAGGUACAAUCCAAAUGUGGCUUGUACCUAUUGUGGAAAAAUAUGGCACAUUCAAGAGGGUUGCUACAGAAUCAUUGGAUUUCCAGAUGAUUUUGAAUUUACCAAUCAAAAGAACUAUCAAAAUUAG